GAAAGACGAGGUGCCAGGAACCCGAUGGUCCCUGGCCACGUGGGUUCGGCAACAGCGCUCAGACAUUUACCUGGCGACGGACAAGAGCCAGCUCAAGUGCGCUGCAUAUUACUGCAGGGCAUGCUGCCGGCAGAUCUCCUUUGGCACGCAAACGUGCGAAGCCAAAGUGCUUCGUCAUGAGCAGUAUAAAACACAUGUGGAAGGUUUGCGCAAGCUGCGAGGUGAUGCAACCAUCCAGCCUGCCCAUGCUGGUGCACAAAAGGCUGAUCCUGCGGGUCCUCGACAAGAGUGUGCUGGUCUGUUAGCCUCGAAGCUCGCGCUCAAGGACUCGGUCGAAGCCUUUGUGCAAUUUGGGCAACCUCGCCUCCUCUACAACGAGCACGAGACUGAUUGGCUGGCUUCCGUGUCCUUCCAGGUGCUUCCCCAGGACAUCGCAGUGCGGAGUAAGGAGUGCAAAGGAUUUCUUGAAGGUCUCAGCGCAUGCUCGGCAUGCGUGAAAGCGGCAAACCAAAAGAAGUUCAAGGAAGCUUUGGCGAAGCAGGUGUUCAUGAUCGAUCUGUGUGUACUGAGCUAUAAGUGCAUACACUGCUCCGCGGAGGAACUGCACAGCUUCAAGGAAGAGCUUCGCCAGAGGGAUUACCAGCAGCAGAACUUGGCUGGCAGUGACCUUGAUCGGCUGCUACGGAUCAAGGACAACUUGGAAGUCUCCAGGGCAGUCGCUGCCAGAGUUGAUACGACUCCUGCAUGGCGAGUCUCCUCGUCGCUCCGCAAGUUCUGGGAUGUGUGGUUGACCAGGCCGCAGAAGCACCAUCAAACAUCAACGGAGGCCUACGGCUGCCUGGCGAGGGGGAUGAUGGAUGCUGUUGCGAGCGGACGGGCUCGGGAGUUUGAUUUAGUGUUGGCUGCACGUGUGGCUGCAGGUGCUCUCAGAUCAGACGUUUUGGUUGAAUCUUUGACCACAAGCUUUCUCGCAAAGUUCAAGGAUGGAUUGGCAGACUGCAAGAGGCGCACAACAAGUGCCUUUGCAAACUUCCAGGUGUUGUCGGAAUCUUUGACAACUCUCGGACGACAUGCCGAGGUGGACUCCCUCUUGAGGAGCUUUUGUGUCAAUCCACGUUCCAUGCCGGCCUUGUCGCUUGUGACGGAGCGAUAUCCACAACCGUUCGUUUCCUUGAACGACCUGCCGGUGCUUCGCGACUCGUACAUGCGGGGCCUCACUUUGCUCAAGGCGGCAGGCACACGGGCGCAUUUGAUAUGCGAUGAAACGACAUGGGCCCCGGACUGGAGCCAGGUACGAAGGGUCUGCAGGAACGAGGCCGGCGAGCUGGUGGACAGAAUCGUGGGGGGUGCCUGGCAUGCCGAUGCGGACAAGGAUAUGUCCCUCCUAGAUCCAGACGAACACGACCGCACAAAGCUACCACGUGAGAAACUGGCCAAGCUUGCCCUCCACAUCGGUAUGGCCCGAACAGACUGCACACGGUUUGUGUUCGACGUAUGCGUGUUACCCCGCCCUCAAAGAUUGUGGUCGGCUGAGGAAACCUUGGAUGUCGUCGCCCGGUUGUUUCAUGAGUGCACAGAGGCCAGUGGGCGACCACCCAAUGGCCUGGCGUUCGACGGAGGAUCCAACAAUGCCAAACUCCUGCAGACCUUUCUAGGUCUUCUCGAACCAGAGAAGAUGCAGUCGCUUCCAUUUUUCAGCCAGUGUUCCGUGAAGACCAUCCCGAAGCUCCCCUGCUGGGGCUUUGCAUACCUGACGUACAAGAUCUUGGUCGCGAUGAACGGAGCUUGGCACUGGCAGAAAAGGUUCAGCCUAGCUCACCUGUCGGGGUGCCGCAAGAUCCGGCACGGUGGCGUCUUUGUGGACUUGUCCGUGGAGCUCUCAUGCGGCUUGCCGCAUGCGGCGUACUUGGCAUCGGACGUGCAAUCCGAUUUGGCCGCAUGCCAAAGGCUGUCGCCGCCUUAUACAGGCAAGACAUGGUGCAGUCUAGGUGUGAAUGUCCACAGCCUGAUAGGGGCGCUGGUCUGUUCGUGCACUACGGGGUCGGUUGGCUUCUGCCAAGAAGAUAUCUGCUUCAAUGCUGCCGCUGGGUAUUACUUGCUACUUCUACAUCGCAGCGAAGCCGGCAGACAGUGGAGACAGUAUCAAGAGCGAGGGCGCAACUCGCUGUCCGACGUCACGGUUCGCAACGGCAUGGCGCUCUGCAGUUUCGCUGUCGUCUGCUGCAUGACGUGCAGCGAGCCGCGAUUCGUGCAAGAACUCGCCAUCGAGAACCAUUUCUCGAGGUUGAAAAGCAUGUAUCGUGGACAGCCGAGCUUGAAAGAUUUCCUUCAUAGCUGUCGCUCUCUCUCAGCACGGCAGGCUCGGCAGCUAGACAGCCUGUCAGUCGAGAGGCUGCAGGACCGGGCGGCCAGUUUCCCAAGAUCCCCGAUGCCGGAGGAUGAGGUGACGAAGCAUUGUCGCAAGGCCUUCGCCGCAGCAUUGCAGACACAGUCAUUCAUCUCGGACGGCCGGAACACCACUGACAUCUACGACACGUUGCUGAAGUUCUGUGGGCCAGACGGGGAGAGCUUCUUCGGUACUGCCAUGGGCGAGUCCGCUUUCGACAUGAUGGACAUCACCCCUGAGACAUCCGAGUGGCUCCCUCGCGAGGAGACGGAGCACAAGUCCCAGCAGCAGGUGGUGUCCAUGCAGCUGUUGCAGACGGUGGAGGACAGAGCCAAAGUCUUGGAGGAGAUCCAGCUUCUUGAAGCAUCCGACACAUCAGAUGCUUGCCAGCCUGCUCGGCAGCCUGCAGAGCAGGCCGAGGAUGCACCACAGGACCCGGAGCUCCUGGUGGAGCUCGCACCUGAGAGCGGAUGCCCAGUCAUCCCCACAAAUCUCGGGAAGCUGCUGAAGGCUGUAUUGGCUGAGGGAGGCAAGGAGUUCAACCUGGACCAAGCGACUGGUCAAGGACAGGCUGCCCUGCUCAAGCGGCUGUUGCACAUGGCGCCCUUCAUCCGCAGCUUCACCAAGCAUGCCAGACUCCAAGAAGGGGUUCUUUCGGCAGCCGUCCUGAAUGAGUGCAAAGGCCCACGGAACGAGUGGAAUCGUCGUGAGCACGAGCUCGCUGUUGCGAGGCGGGCUAUCAAUGCCAGUCAGGUACGCCUCUCCCGUGCCCAGGCUUGGCACAUGGCGGUUCAGAAGAUGUCCAAGGAGGUCCAGGCCGUCAACAAACAAGUCGAAGCGAACGACCCGGGAAUCCAUGCCCCCGAUGUCUACUUCCCUGCGGGUGACCGGGUGCAAGUGAUUGCCUUCCUCCUCGAGGAACAUGUGGCAGUGGGGCUAGUGCUCAGUGCCUUUCGGGGGUCCCUGGUGAAAAGGCCCAAUGGCAAAGGUGCAGCGGAUGUCAUCGUCAAAACAGCUCGCCCCUUUCCGGAUGAGCUUCCAAGUGUGUCCACCAAGCUCGUGCAUGUGGCCGAGUGCAUCUACGAUGAGAAGCACAGUGAGUACUGCACGAGCUGCGCAUCGAGGUGCCUGCUUGUCGAUCCGGUGAAUUGCAUCUAUGGCCAGUUGACCCUUUCCGUUUCGAAGCCAUCCCAAACCCGGAUGCAUUUUCGCUUGAGCCCGGCCUCUAUGGAGAGCUUGCGCCUCUUGAAGCAGCGGGGCCGCCUGCCCGUUCAGCCGCUUCCAGAAGUGGCUGAGGGCGAGGAUGAUGCCGCUGAUGAGCCACAGGAGCCCGAUGCUGCCCCGUCCCAGGUCUAUCACGACAGAUCCUUCAUGCGAGCGAGCAUGCCUGGGCAGGCCAGAAAGUUCAUGACGGAUCUUGAAAGCUUGUACCGCCGGAAGGGCUGGCCGUUUGUGGAAAGCGGAAUGGUCCAGUUGUCACAUGACAAAAGCGAGUCUUGGUCAGUGCUGCUGGAUCGCAUCCCGGGCUUCUUCGAGCAAGAGUUCUCGAAGCAUCAAGGCUAUCGUUUCAGCAGGGCGGUCCAUGGAUACCUACAGACGCUCAUCCCUGAAAGCGCCGCCAGCGUCAGCAAGGUGAAGAAGUUUCUUGGGCUGGUCUCCCGUGUCGCACCGGGUGUGAUCGACCUCCGGGCGUGA